AUGAAACAACCAAAAAUUCGAAUGAAAAUAUUGAUAUUUCAAACGUCAUGGUUCUUACAUCCAAAUCAAGAAUUUAUCUCAUUAAGACAAUUGAUAAAUAAGGGAUAUGAUAAAAGUCGACAACGAUUCAACCUCAUAGAAACACAAAGAAUUAGAUCUAUCGAUUCUUUGAUUCAUGAUUUAGGAAUCACAAAGGAUCAGCAAUUUUAUUUAUAUUUAUUAAUUGAUGAAGAGAUUAACGUAAAAAGGCAUUUUGAAAAUGAAGUUAUUGAAUCUUGUUAUCAGUGUGAUAUUCCUGAGCGUGAGAUAAAAUUUGAUAAGCAAAUAGAUAUACAAAUAGUGCUGAAUGAUUUUGAAUUGAAUCAUGACAAAAUCAAUCAAUGUAUUGCAACAUUAGCUUUUAAGUCUUUGAAUUCGCCGAAUGAGUUUGAAUUAACAUUAUACACAUCGUUUAUGAAAUCAAUCGGAUAUAAAUUUUUGAAUUAUGUACUAGAUAACAGAAUGUUUUCAUCCACAAUGAUUCAAAAUUUAACUGAGUUAGUCAUAGUUGCGGAAUGUGUUAAAGAAUAUGGAUUAGAUGAGUAUUAUCAAAAAUUUUGCAACUUUGAGAUGGUUGAAGAUGAUCUACUAAUUACAGUAGAUAAUGAAAAAAAUUUAGAUGAUAAUGUUUGGUGGAAAGCCUCAAGAGAUUUUCAUUUAUCUUUGCUAAACAAAAAGAUUCAACUAAAGGAAACAAUUGAUCCAAUUUGA